AUGGCUGCAGGUGCGACGACGACGGCGCGAACAAAGGCGGAAGGCGAGAGAAUAGGAUGGUUGUCGUGUUCGGCGGCAGCGGCGGUACAGAUUUUUGGUCUUGCAAGAGAAGAAUCGGUGACUGAAAUGAUAACUGCAGAAACUAGAACAUUUGAAGGAAUGUCCAAUUUACAUGCUCCUUAUGCAGCUGUUUUCAAGCAAGAGAGGCCGAAAAUUCCAGACGAUAUAUCACCUGAUCUAGCUUUUGUCAUACAACCAUGUUGGGUUAAAGAUCCUAACUUGAGACCAAACUUUAGUCAAAUCAUUCGGAUGCUCAAUGUGUCUCUCUUCAUACUCUCAUCAUUAUCUCCAUCUUGA